AUGGCGUCCCCUCCCCGCAUGGCCGCCGCGCCCGCCAUCCUCCUCCUCUUCCUGCUCCUACUCGUCGCCACAGAGAUGGGGACGACGAAGACGGCGGAGGCCCGGACGUGCGAGUCGCAGAGCCACAAGUUCAAGGGCGCCUGCUUCAGCGACACCAACUGCGCCAGCGUGUGCCGCACCGAGAACUUCCCCCGCGGCCAGUGCAACACGCACCACGUCGAGCGCAAGUGCUACUGCGAGCGGGACUGCUGA